UCAUUAUCUGAUAUUCUUGACAAUGUGACAAGAGAACUUGCUGAAAGUGUUUCUAUAAAUCUUCCGGAGAGACUACAACAUACGAAUAGAUUUCAAUAUGACUUGUCAAUACCUCAAUAUAUAAUACAAUCAAAAGUUUUGCCAACUAAAGAUUCCGGUCAAGCUAGCGUUUCUCAAAUCAUUAAUUAUUAA